AACUACCUGUGACAGGUCAAGUUACCGGGUACGUUCUAAAUAACGGCGUGCUCUUCCGAUAAUGAUUACUUUUAACCAGAGAAAGCAGAUAAACCUCACAAAUGACAUCAUAUGGUUGAUGAUUUAAACGUGCACAUAUUCCCUCCGAAUUUCGAGUAGGUGUUUAUCAUAUUUAGGCAUCGAGCGAAAUGGGGCUUCCAGGUCUCAAGACCUCCCAGCUGCAUGAAUCCUGCCUGUGAAUCCAGACGAAGCAGAAUCGUGGAGCCACCCAGGUGACAGGUGGAGCCCAAGAUGCCUGUGAAGGUGCCACUCCCAGCCGGUAGUCAUGGAUACUAUUGUCCCUGCACCACAAGAAGUGACAUAAAGUCGGAAGAGGAUGAAUGUCAAGCCGCUACCAAGUCUGUGAAGAGCCCCUUGGGAUUGGACCUGCUCCUAGAACACACUGAGCCCCUACUUUCCGAAUACCACUUCCUGCCUCUACAAGAGAUCAAUGAGGAGCCCCAAGACUGUCUGCCACUGGGAACCUGCUUGAUCCAAGAUGGAAGCCCAUCUCUGGAUGGAUUUGUCCAGGUGGAAAGAAAAUGGGUUCUAUGGCAUGAGUUCAUGAAGGAGUACUCCUCUCUCAGCGAUUGGCUCCGAUUGGCUGAGAAGGCUGCCGACUCCCCCAGAUCUGCCCAUGUGCUCUUUGUCACUGUCAAGGAGGAGCUCGAGAAGUUUGAGAGCCUGAGGAUCCAGGCUGGGGCUCGGCUGGUGCAGCUGGACAGUCUGACUCUUAGGAACAGGACCCUGACCAGGCUCUUUGAUGGGGCCAUGUGGUCACGCCUGCUGAGCAUGGCCAGGGACUGUGGUCAGCGCUGGGACCGCCUACAUGGGACCAUUGAGAGUGUUUGCCGCAGACUCAAGCACCGUGUGUCCCAGCGGGAGGAGUUUGAGGGCCAGAGGGAAGAGAUGGCUGUGUGGCUUGCUGACAUGGACUUUAGGCUGACUGAGGUGGAACACUUCUCUGGAAGGGACACUUGUGACAAGAUGCGGGAGCUGCAGAGCUUCCAGGAGGCGGUGGGGAAGACUGCGGGGUGUCUGAACGGUCUCCUGGAGCGGGGCGAGGCGCUGAUCCAGAAGAGCGAGCCAGAGGACGCCCAAGACAUCGAGGCGGGGCUGCAGAAGCUGCUGCUCUACUGUGCCCACGUAUUUGAGGGAGUGGGCCGUCUGCACACACGCCUACUCAGCAUGAGACUGGUGUUUGAGGAUGACUGUGUACUGACUCAAGCCUCUGACUCCGGCUGUCCGUCUGAUGUCCUGUUGGAGCAGGAUGGUGCUUUUGAGAAGAGCAGCGCCCCAAACCAGCAGAACCCCCCCAACCUGGAUCACAUGGUGCUGGAGUGGGACCCCUCCGUCGACAUCGGGGGCCCAGUCUCCCAAUCCGACGCCGACUUGUCAUAUUUCAGUGCCAACACAGAUCGAGAAAAGCCACUGGCCAGAGAUGGUGUAAAGAGGGAGAGUUACCUCAGCUCCAUAGGCUCUCUGUCUGAUAUAAAUUACAGAGCAGCAGAGGAAAUGAGGCCGGAGAGGAGGUUUGAGUAUGCAGGCCCAGUGGUGUUCUCACCUUCCACGAUCCAGAGUGUCAGAGAUGGCAAACCUCUACUCUCUGGCCACUGGACGACCUCCAUGCCCGACGGACCCUCCCAGGAGCCUGUGAACUUUGACCCUGAUCGCAUCAGCGCCUGGCUGGGACAGACGCACGGACACACCGUCCCCUCUAUAGCCCCCUCGGUCCAACAGCACAGAGCCUGCUCCAAGGUUGUCCAGACCGACAGUACUUGGAAGUGUGCUGGUUGCUCUGAGGGAAGCCACAGUCUCAGGUACAUCCCUGUUCAGACACGCCCCCAGGAGCUGUGUUUGACCCCCUACACCUUACAGUCAUGUGACCUCCAGCUCAAGUCUGAUAGGAUGGCUCAAUUAAACCCACAGUCUCCAGAGGAAGAGCCACACUGCAAUGCCUCAUGGGAGGUGGUCCAUAGUGAGCAACGGCCAGAUGAGUGCCCUAACAGACAAACCAAGUUCCGCAUGUGGCCCCUGGGGGCCGUGUGGGUACUAAAGACUCUGAGGAGCCCAGUGUUCCUGGUCGUCCUGCUGGCUGUGUUCCUAGCCCUGCUGGUCUGGCCCAUAACACUCCUCAUGGACCCAGAGUGCCACCGCUCCAACUCCCUGGCCCGCUCCUUCCAACUGGCCCUGAGCUACGUCGAUGGGCCCCCGCCAACCUGAGGGACAAAAGUGUCACAGAUGGGGCACAACACACCCCUGGUGAGCCUGGAACACACCUGACACCAGGGGUCGGACAGUUCCAGAAUGCCUUUGCAUUUCAGAGCCUUGCGUAAUGCAUUAACAAGGAGGCCAUAUGAGAAAAGCGAGAAAUUAAAAACUGUUGGGCCCAAUCAAAAUGUGGGCUUGGUAUUUAUCUGAAUCCCUCCACCAAACUGCUGGCAGAAGUGGCCCAUGACUUAAUGGGCCUGAUUUGUAACGAUCUCUAAUGGAAUUCAUAAUGUGUCUUAAUAUGCCAGGGUAGCACUUUUGUUGAUUGGUCUGUCAUGAUGGUUUUGUAACUUAUUUAUGUGGGUGAUUUAGAAUCUAUUUGGAAGACUUAAUAAUGGCAAAUGCUUUGCGCAUUUCUCUUUGGGCAUUUGAUGAGACAAAGUACAAAUUUAUCUGCAUAUCAAUAUUUACUAUGUCAAACCUAAAGAGAGCUUUCGAUUUAUCCGGUUCUAUCUGCAUUUUUGUCAAAAUUGAGUUAUUGACAUAGCCUUGUUCUGUUCAAUGUUCUCUACCUAUAUAGUACUUUAAAUACCCCAAUUUAUGUAAAGUUCAAAAGAGUGCAAGAUAAUAUUGCUGACGCCAUUCAAACCAAUGCAGGUUCGGAACUUUAAAUCCAAUUAUCUCAGAAUGAAUUUUUGCAAAUAGAUUGUUAUAGUCCCAAGCUCUCGAUUUCUCAUGGGAUUUCUGCAAAUGAAUGAUACUGAAUGCCCGAGUUCGGAUUUACUAGGGAGACGUGCGGAAAUACCCCAUGUGUAAGUAAUUUGUAGGUCAAUGGGAUAGGUGACCUGGCUAAUGCACUUACAGCAGGAUAAAUUAGCAGUCAUUUUGUACUGCUGCAUGUGUGCGAUCUUGUUUGCAUGUGUGAGGGUUGUUAGUAUAUACUCAAUAAAUGUAUUUUACAUCUGCUGCGAUGCCAAAGGGGUCCAGCUGGAAAACAAUCAGCCAAAAGCCAAUGCAUCUGUGGCCAGUGAAGACAGUGUAAGCCUCUAAACAUAAUGUAUGUGUUAUGUAAUGGUUUAUGGUCAGUGCUUCUAUUUUGACACAUGGGUAUGCAAUCCUGGAUCUCAUCUAUACAACGUCACAAAUGUAAUGUCAAAGUCUGAGAAGUGAAUGGAAAAAAAAAAAAUGGAAAAUACAUUUCUACUCCGUAAUAUUAUGAGGUACAUGCACCUCAUCUGAAAAUGUUGAAAUAUGUCUGCCUUGUUUGUGGGGGAGUGAUUGCACAGAGUUUUGAUUCUUGUCCGUCCAGUGUGUAUCAGCGUGGAAAUGUUGCGAAAUGUAACAAGUCAGAUGCCUCAGCUUCUUGCAUUAAUGGAGGAUUUUUAAUCUUCUGCUUUAUACAGUAGAGAGGAUGUCUGUUUUUUUAUGUGGAGUUUCAGAUCUGUACAUGCAUCAUGAAAUAAAGGAACAG